GCAAUUAAGCUGCAAAAUAAUGCAAGUACUUCACAUGAACAAGGGCAACGGCGACACUAGCUAUGCAAAGAACUCGACGGUCCAGAGCAAAAUUAUAUCUGUGGGGAAACAAAUCAUGGAAGAAGCAGUGCUAGAAAUGCUAUGCGGCAAUGCGAUAGAACUAGAAAGCAUGGGAAUAGCAGACUUGGGUUGCUCAUCAGGACCUAACACUUUGUCGGUAAUUUCGGCGAUCAUGGACACGGUCGAAGCAGCAAACCGUCAUCUCGGUCGGCGGCUGGUGUCGGAGUGUAGGGUGCUGUUGAACGAUCUUUACAGCAAUGAUUUCAACGAAAUAUUCAUGUCAUUGCCGGCUUUCUACAAGAGACUGGAAGAAGAGACAGGGCUUGGGUUUGGAUCCUGCUUCAUAUCGGGUGUCCCAGGCUCUUUCUACGGUAGAUUGUUCCCCUCCAACACUCUGCAUUUCGUGCAUUCUUCUUCCAGCCUUCACUGGCUCUCACAGGUUCCAGCCGGCCUGCAGACCAAUGCUCUCAAACAUGUGAACAAGGGAAAGCUGUAUAUUUCUCAGAGCAGCCCCCGGUGUGUGAUGGAUGCCUACUCAUUGCAAUUCCAGAACGACUUUUCACUCUUCAUAAAAUCACGUUCACAAGAAUUGGUUCCCGGCGGCCGCAUGUUCCUUUCUUUCAUGGGUCGGAGAUCCGCCGACCCGACCACCGAAGACAGCUGCUACCAGUGGGAGCUCUUAGCCCAAGCGAUCAUGAGUCUAGCAAGAGAGGGUCGAAUUGAGGAGGAAAAGGUUGAUUCUUUCAAUGCGCCUUAUUAUGCGCCAUUCACGGAGGAAAUAAAGGAGGAGAUACAGAAGGAGGGCUCCUUCACAAUUGAUCGCUUCGAGGCUUUCGAAAUCGACUGGGAUGGCGGUGCUGUCACCGACAUCCAUACUCCUCAGGGGAAGCUGUUGGUGGGACAACGAGUGGCCAAAACCAUCAGAGCGGUUGUAGAAUCCAUGCUGCAAUCUCAGUUGGGAAUCCAACCAGACGUAAUGGAUGACCUAUUCAUUAGGUAUGCAGAUAUUGUUGGGACUCACUUGUCCAAGUCUAGGACCAAGUACGUUAAUAUGGUGAUGGUCCUCAUUAAAAAAGGGUAGUCAAGC